CAUUGAAAAUUCCAAAUUCCAAUGAUGACGGAACAAAUUUCACAAUUAAUUUUGCUAAAGAAAUAGGAAGACCCACUAAAUCUGAUAGCUCAUUUUUAGAAUUUUGCAAAGGAAGGGUUGCUCUUGAGGUUAAUGAUAGAAAGGUUUUGCAUAAAAAAUAUUUAGAAGGCUUAGAUACUAAGAUUAAAGAAACAACUACGAAAAAUAAAAAAUUUACAAAGAAUGAACUUAAAUCUAUUAGAGACAAACUUCCAAGAUUGUCUGGUUACGAAGAUAUUUUGACUG